UCGAGUGAUGUGUGGUUCAAAGCAGCCACUGAAGCCCCCGAGGCCUUGUUAGAAGCUUUGCGCCAUUUCCCCUUUAGAGAGGAAGUGCUGCAAUUGCUGAAUGCAGAGACCCUGUCCACGUGGAUGGAGCCAAGGCGACGUGAAUGCAUUGUGGACGGCCUGAUGUCAGUAGCGGUAAAAUCACGAACGCAAGAAACGAAAAGGUGGCUCGAGAAGUGGAGUGGUCGAUGGAAUGCAGCUGACACUGAAGAGGACAUGGCCGCAGUGGUGAACAGCAAAGACGACUGGGAGAAGCUACGGUCCUUAAAGUACGGAGCAGAUGAACUAUUGCACUUGUGUGACCCUAGUCUCCGCACAGUGGGAGCAAUUCAUCUGCUCUGCGCGGAGAUGUAUGCAGAAGAAGAACGUGCGUUGACAGGCAUAGAGGUCUCACACGAUGUUAGCACACCAGCUAAGGUGAGGCUUCACCUAAAAGUGUUGCAGAAAAAUACGGACUACCAUACAGCGCUCAGCGGUUCUCACCAGGAAGUUAACUGGGCUCAAGUGAGCGACUUUUUCGUGAAUGCUGUAGCGCAGAUUGAAGGCGAUGACAGUCAAUCCUAUUAG